GACUAGAGGCAGGGCCUGGAAGUACCGGCGUCUCUCCACUCCGGCGACUGAGCCAGGUGUGAGGGAGUGACGGCCGCGCAUUCGCGGGAAAAGAGCGAUGGGUGAGAACGCCGCACCAGGUCUGAUCUCAGAGCUGAAGCUGGCUGUGCCCUGGGGCCACAUCACAGCCAAAGCCUGGGGCUCCCUGCAGGGCCCUCCAGUUCUCUGCCUGCAUGGCUGGCUGGACAAUGCCAACUCCUUCGACAGACUCAUCCCUCUUCUCCCGCAAGACUUUUAUUAUGUUGCCAUGGAUUUCGGAGGUCAUGGGCUCUCGUCCCAUUACAGCCCAGGUGUCCCAUAUUACCAACAGACUUUUGUGAGUGAGAUCCGAAGAGUUGUGGCAGCCUUGAAAUGGAAUCAAUUCUCCAUUCUGGGCCACAGCUUCGGUGGCAUUGUGGGCGGAAUGUUUUCCUGUAUCUUCCCCGAGAUGGUGAAUAAACUUAUCUUGCUGGACUCGCCGCUACUUCUCCUGGAAUCGAAUGAAGUGGAGAACUUGCUGACCUACAAGCGGAGAGCCAUAGAGCACAUGCUACAGGUAGAGGCCUCCCAGGAGCCCUCGAGCGUGUUAAGCCUGAAGCAGCUGCUACAGAGGUUACUGAAGACCAAUAGCCACUUGAAUGAGGAGUGCGGGGAGCUCCUUCUGCAAAGAGGAACCACAAAGGUGGCCACAGGUCUGGUUCUGAACAGAGACCAGAGGAUCUCCUGGCCUGAGAACAGUGUUGACUUAGUCAGCAGGGAGCUGUAUGCGCAUUCCAUCAGGAAGCUGCAGGCCCAUGUCCUGUUCAUCAAAGCAGUCCACGGAUAUUUUGAUGUGAGAAGAGAGAGUUACUCUGACAAGGAGUCCCUGUCGUUCAUGAUACACACGCUGAAGUCCACCCUCAAAGAGCGGUUCCAGUUUGUAGAAAUUCCAGGCAAUCACUAUGUCCACAUGAAGGAACCCCAGCACGUGGCCAAUAUCAUCAGCUCCUUCUUACAGCGCAAACACACGCUCACAGCCUAGCUGUAGCUCUGGGCCUGGAACUAUGAAGACCUCGUGCUGCCAGACUCAAUAUUGGGAAUGUGAGUUCCCGAGCCCCGCAGCAAGGCCAGGCCUGUGAGGAAAAGAGAUCAGACUGUUACUGUGUCUAUGUAGAAAGAAGUAGACAUAAGAGACUGCAUCUUGUCUGUACUAAGCGAAAGUUUUCUGCCUUGAGAUGCUGUUAAUCUGUAACCCUAGCCCCAACCCUGUGCUUGCAGAGACAUGUGAUGUGUUGACUCAAGGUUUAAUGGAUUUAGGGCUAUGCAGAAUGUGCUUUGUUAAAAAAAGAGCUUGAAGGCAGUAUGCUUGUUAAAAGUCACCACCAUUCUCUAAUCUCAAGUAUCCAGGGACACAAUACACUCCAGAAGGCGCAGGACCUCUGCCUAGGAAAGCCAGGUACUGUCCAAGGUUUCUCCCCAUGUGAUAACUUGAGAGAUGGCCUCCUGGGAAGGGAAAGACCUGCCCCUCCCCCAGUCCCACACCCCCGUCAAGGGUCUGUGCUGAGGAGGAUUAGUAAAAGAGGAAGGCCUCUUUGCAGUUAAGAGGAAGGCAGCUGUCUCCUGCUCAUCCCUGGGAAUAGAAUAGAAUGUCUCCGUGUAAAACCCAAUUGUAUGGUCCAUUUACUGAGAUAGGAGGAAACCACCUUACAGCUGGAAGUGAGAAAUGCUGGUUGCAAUACUGUUCUUUAAUGCACGCCUAUGUUUGUAUACGUGCACAACAAAGCACAGCACCUUUCCUUAAACUUAUGACACAGACCUUUGUUCACGUUUUCGUACUGACGCUCCCCCCACUAUUACCUUAGGGGCAAUGGUAAAGAUUAAUGAUCAAUAAAUACUGAGGGAACUAA